AUGCGCUCCUCUCCCGUAAAGCCAUCUAGGCCAGUGGAGAAAACGGCAAAGGCUACCGAGCUGCCCCAUUUGGAAACGCCCGAAACCACGUUUUCGGCCUCAAUAGACGCUACCGAGGCAGAAAUCAGAAAGCCCUUGAAAGAAUCUGUUGGGACAAUCAGCCUGAAUAACGAAACAAAUGACUCUGCAGAUGCGGUCCAGACGGCCAUUUCAGCAGCAACACCCCGGACGCCAGUGUCCGUGUCCAAAAGGGGAAGAAAAAAGAACAAUGUGUCAUACACAGAAUCGGAUGUGUCGGACUCAGAGGAGGUGUCUGUGUUUCGGAAACGAAGACGGGUAGUGGACAGCGAGGAUGAGGACGAGGAUGAGUUUACGCCCGACGCUGAACACGAAGAUGAAGACGAGCACAUGAGCGAUUUUGUGGUUGACGAAAGCGACCAUAGUGUUGCUGAGGAAGAUGCUCAGGAUUCUGAGGAUGAACCUAUUGCCAAGAAGAAGCCGUCCAAAAAGUCAGCAUCAUCGCUGUCCACACCAGUUUCCGGCUCGUCGAGACCAGCGUCUGGAGGGUCCUCUUUGGGCCUGAAGUUUACAGCAGGCUCCAACUAUGUAGCCAGUUCACCUGCGAACAUUUCCAAGUCGAUCGUGAAACCUUCAUCUACCAAGAAAUCUUUCGAGAAAGAAAACGAAGAGAGAUACCAUUGGCUUGUCAACAUCAAGGAUGCAGAGAAACGUCCUGUUACCGACCCUGAGUACGACUCCCGCACGCUUUUUAUCCCGCUGUCUGCGUGGGCGAAAUUCACUGCUUUUGAGAAGCAGUACUGGGAGAUCAAGAGCAAGAUGUGGGACACGGUGGUGUUUUUCAAGAAGGGCAAAUUCUACGAGUUGUACGAGAACGAUGCCAUGAUUGCAAACACAAAGUUCGACCUCAAGAUUGCGGGUGGUGGGCGUGCCAACAUGAAGCUUGCGGGCGUUCCUGAAAUGUCUUUCGAAUACUGGGCCAAGGAGUUUAUCAGUCUUGGAUACAAGGUGGCGAAAGUCGACCAAAAAGAAAGCAUGCUAGCCAAGGAAAUGCGUGGGGGCGGCAGCAAAGAGGAGAAAAUCAUCAAGAGAGAAUUGACCGGCGUCUUGACCGGAGGAACCUUGACUGACAUGGACAUGAUAAAAGACGACAUGUCCACUUUCUGUAUGGCCAUCAAGGAAUCCACCAGCACAGAUGGCAAGAAGGUUUUCGGCGUAUGCUUUGUCGACACAGCCACAUCCGAAUUGAACUUUAUCGAGUUGGUGGAUGAUGACGAGUGCACCAAGCUUGACACAUUGAUCACGCAAAUCAGGCCCAAGGAGGUGUUGUGCGAGAAACACAACUUGUGCUCUUCUGCCAUAAAGGUAAUCAAGUACAAUGCUCACAGCUCCCAUCAGAUCUGGAACUUCUUGAAUCCAUACUCGGAAUUUUGGGACUACGACACGACGCUUGAGAAGUUGGUUGAGAGCAGGUACUACGAGGCUGUUGACCUCGAUGAUUACACAAACUACCCCAGUAUCUUGCUCAAAUUCAAGGACGAUCACCACACUGCCUUCUCUGCCUUUGGUGCUCUCUUGUACUACUUGAAGUCGCUCAAGCUCGAUGAAAGUAUCAUGACGUUAAAAAACAUGAAGGAAUACCAAAUUUCUAAAAGUUCUGCGUCCCACAUGCUUUUGGACGGCAUCACUUUGAACAACCUCGAGAUUCUUAACAACAACUUCGACGGUGGCGAAAAAGGCACCUUGUUCAAAUUGCUCAAUAGGGCAAUCACGCCUUUCGGCAAGCGGAUGAUGAAACAAUGGGUGCUUUAUCCGUUGAUGGACGUUGGACAAAUAAACUUACGCUAUGACGCAGUGGACUUCCUCAUGAACAAUGAGCCCGAGUUGCGUGUCGCUUUAGAGUCGGCCCUCAACAAAUUGCCAGAUUUGGAAAGAUUGAUUGCAAGAGUUCACAGCAACUCUCUUCGCUUCAAAGACUUUUUGAAAGUCGUGGAAGGGUUCGAGACAGUCUCGAAAGUCUUCAAGACUAUGCUGUCGUACGAUUUACUGCUGGCAGGAGUCAUGAGCUCAUUUGUUUCUCGUUUCCCUUCUGAUCUUCAUGCCAUAAUUGCAUCUUGGGAGGAUGCUUUUGAUCGCGAGGAAGCCCUCAAUAAUAUAGUGGUACCUGCAGAAGGUGUUGAUGAUGAUUUUGACGAGUCCACGGGUAUCAUUAAACGCUUGGAGUCAGAGUUAAACGACCACUUGAGGACUUAUAAGAAGCAGUUCAAGUCACAUGAGAUUUGUUACCGAGACUCGGGCAAAGAGCUCUUCUUGAUUGAAAUGCCAAUCAAAAUCAAGAACGUUCCAAAGGACUGGCAGCAGAUGGCUGCAACAUCGAAAGUCAAAAGAUACUGGUCUCCCGAGGUCAAGAAACUCGUUCGAGAGCUCAUGGAACAAAAGGAGCUCCACAAGGUGGUCUGUGAAAAUAUCCGGUCCAAACUUUACCAACGUUUUGACGUAAAUUACAAGACAUGGGUGUCAGUGCUCAAGUCUGUGGGGUACUUGGACUGCCUUAUCGCGUUGACAAAGACUUCGGAAACAAUCGGCUUUCCCUCAUGCAGACCCAGGUUCACCGACUCGGAACAAGGCUCUUUGUCAUUUGAGGAGUUGAGACACCCUUGCUUUGUUGGCAGCUCGGAGUUCAUUCCCAAUGAUAUACAUUUAGGCAAUGGCAAUGCCAACUUCGGGCUCUUGACCGGAGCUAACGCUGCAGGGAAAUCAACCUUGAUGAGAACGACAGCGUUGGCAGUCAUUUUGAGUCAGAUCGGCUGUUACUUGCCAGCACGUGAAGCAGAGAUCACACCCGUGGACAAAAUUAUGACCAGAUUGGGUGCCAAUGAUAACAUCAUCCAAGGGAAAUCCACGUUUUUUGUCGAGCUUUCGGAAACAAAGAAGAUAUUAAGUAACGCUACGCAACGGUCUCUUGUUAUCCUUGACGAAUUGGGAAGGGGCGGCUCGUCGAGUGACGGCUACGCCAUUGCUGAAGCAGUGUUGCAUCACCUCGCUUCACACGUGCAGCCACUCGGCUUUUUCGCCACGCACUAUGGUAGUUUGGGGCUUUCAUUUGUCAACCACCCAAAAAUCAAGGCGUUGAGAAUGGGCAUUGUUGUGGACAACUCGUCGAGGAACAUCACAUUCCUAUACAAGCUCGAAGAAGGCACUGCGCCUGGCUCGUUCGGAAUGAACGUUGCGGCAAUGUGUGGGAUCUCGGCGGAUAUUGUCGACCGUGCCGAAAUCGCUGCUAAGGAAUACGAACAGACAUCGAAGUUGAAGCAGGAACACGACAAACAACAUGCCAACCAAUUAAGUUUGGGUCUACAGAGUGAUUUUGUGUGGCUCUACCAAAGGCCUACCGAGCUCGAAAAAGACAUAUUGAAGUACGAGGAGCAAGAAAAGCAGAGCGCUUUGACCAGCAUGUUCAGCAUGAUCGAAUCGCUUUGA